AUGUCUGAUCCACUUGACUGGUACCCAGAUCCUGACUGGGCAGAUAAACCGGAGGAGUUCAUCAAACACUACUACCAGGUCUUUGAUGUUGAUCGGGCAGCGCUGUAUAAGUUCUACCGUGACAGAUCGAUGUUGUCGUUUACAUUCUCCUCCGACUGCAAAGGUGCCGCCAGUAUUACUAGAAAGCUCGUGGAUUUGCCUUUCCGGAAAGACGUCCAGCAUAAGAUCCAUGCAAUGGAAUGCCAGCCGUCGAACGACCAUGGAGGGGUAUUGGUUCUUGUCCAUGGGGCCCUAUUUUAUAACGAGCCGCGGCAGGUCGUGACCUUCACUGAAACAUUCCAGCUUCUACCUGAGGGCGACAGCUAUUUCAUCUUCAACGACGUUUUCUUGAUCACCCAUCCGGAAGCGAAGACUUAG